UUGUUGAAUCGAAUUUGUGGUGACGUUUCGCCAAUCAUCUUGUUAACUUCUUCAGAGCUUAACUUAAGAAGCCAACAGGAUGAUUGGCGAAACUUCAACAACAACCGACUACUGCAUAUUUUGAAAUCAUUAUGAAAUUCUUUUGCAUUACAGAUGAACAUUGAACCGGCAGUUUUGUACAACCACAACUUUAGUAUUUUGUAUAAUUUCAACACUGUCCAGCUGGAAGUCAAUUGGCGACCACAGUUAAAAUUUCCCAAUCUACUAAAAUACGUAAACUACGAAAUUACAUAAAAAUAAAUAUCACGAAUUGUCGCUAUUUUGUUAUUAAAAAAGAGUACACUUCGCAUAUUACGUAAUUAUUUAAGGGAAGAUAAAACGGGCAUUUUUUUGAGCAUGUUCCUGCCAACCGCUGUGGCCAAAAUUCCACUACGCAAUUUAGGUUAAAAUGGAGAAUUUGACAUUUGGAACGCAGAGACUUGUGCACUUGGACUUGAAAGGUGCCCCGCCUAAAAUCAACUUUUUCGAGAAGUUUUUCCCAUUCAUUAAAGAUAUUGGAGCGACCGGCAUUCUUCUCGAAUGGGAGGACACUUUUCCGUACGCCAGGGAGCUGUUGCCCAUCGGAGGCCUAUCAAACAGUGCCCAAGCGACGGCCGCCCCGUAUGCCGUCGAGGAGGCGCGACAAAUUUUAGAUUUGGCCGGCGACUGCGACCUGACUAUCGUACCACUGGUGCAAACAUUCGGGCACAUGGAAUUUGUGCUGAAACACGAACAAUGGCGCGCAUUGAGGGAAGUUGACGAUUACCCGAGCUCGAUGUGCCCGAGCAACGGCGAGACGAUGCCCCUGAUCAGGAGCCUUAUUAAACAGAUGGUCGCGUUCCAUCCAGGCAUACAAUACUUCCAUAUAGGCUGCGACGAGGUGUGGCACAUGGGCCUUUGUCCUUCUUGCGUCAAACGAGUCCACUCACACAAAUAUGGCAAGGCCGGUUUAUACCUAGACCACAUCGUCGAAGUGGCGCAGUAUAUCAAAGACAACUACCCCAACCUGAAAAUAAUCAUCUGGGACGACAUGCUAAGGAACAUCGACGUAAACGUCCUCCAAGACUACUAUGUAGGCAACCUGGUUGAGCCAAUGGUGUGGCACUAUAACUCGCCUGAAACGUUCCAGCUGGGCGCAGCCCUAUGGGAGAAGUACAGCAACGUUUUCGCGAAGGUUUGGGGUGCAAGCGCGUUCAAGGGCGCCACGAGUAGCUGCCAGGUUGUGCCCGCGACAAAAUACCACGUGGGUAAUCAAUUGGCGUGGUUAAGGGAGCUCAGCAUGCACGCGGGCAAGGUCGUUAGUUUCCGUGGGAUGGCAUUCACUGGCUGGUCCAGGUUCGACCAUUACGCGACCUUGUGUGAGCUAUUGCCAUGUUCUGUACCGUCCUUAUGUCUCUGCAUGAAAACUUGGCUGUCCGGCGGGUAUUCCCAGGAGACCAACGACUGCGUCAUUACAGUUUUGGGGGGCGACGUCAUCGAUCCGGAUUCCGUCAGGUCGCCGGCGACGCCGUUGCCCCAAUUUUCUUUCCCCGGCUGGCAGAUAUAUGUCGGAUUUGAGAAGUUAAUCAGCGUGCGAGGUCGGUACAAAAACAUCGUCGAAAGCGACCAAUUGUCCACGUGGCUGAACCAAUGGCAGAUCGCAAAUAAUUACACGAAUCCCAUGCAGAUCGACGCGAUUUUGCCGGCCAUAUCAGAGUUGCUCGGGGAGGUGUGCGGCCUCGAGAAUUAUCUGAAAAGCAACUUGGAGAUGGUCUUUUAUCCGCACACGAUAGACGAGCUACUCGGGACCCUAGUAUUACCAAUAAAACGGCGCCUGGCGCAAAUUAAGGCGGACUGCGAGACGCAACGCGACCUCGGCUGCAGGGUUAGGGGUCACAAACGAAUACCGCUAUAAAAACGCGCUCUUGCUUUUU